AUGGAUGCAAGUUCAAGUGAUGGUGCUGGGGAUGCAGCAUCUUUGUCAGAAUCUUUUAUGACUGCAAAUCAAUAUGCAGUCGAUGCACAAGAUGAUGAUGGCAUGGCAUCAUCUGGUGAAGGAGAAGGAGAUGGCCGAAGUGAUGAACCUCUUAGGGAACAGGACCGUUUCUUACCUAUUGCUAAUGUAGCCAGAAUAAUGAAGAAAUCUAUACCCAAGACUGGUAAAAUUGCUAAAGAUGCCAAGGAAUGCGUACAGGAAUGUGUAUCUGAAUUUAUCAGCUUCAUUACUAGCGAAGCAAGUGAGAGGUGUCAACAUGAAAAAAGGAAGACAAUCAAUGGAGAAGAUAUUCUGUUUGCCAUGUCUACUUUAGGUUUUGAUAACUAUGUGGAUCCACUGAAAUUAUAUCUACAAAAGUAUAGAGAAUCUGCCAAAGGAGAAAAGGGUUUACAACCAAAUGCAAUGGUUGGAGACACUACAGUUGAUGAAAUCGAUGAGACUUAUACCAUCACUCCUAACAUGCUGGCUGAUCAACCACAACAAAAUGUUCUUUAUACUACAUAUUCCAAUCCAGUAGCAAUGUCUCAGCAAAUCGGUUUUUAA